AUGUGGCUCCAAGUGCUGGGCGUCCUCUGUCUGCUGCCCAACAGCCUGGCCCUGCCGCUGCCCCUGCCCCUGCCCCUGGAGGCAGGAGGCUUAAGUGAGCAGGAAUGGAAACAAGCCCAGAAUUAUCUCAAGAGAUUUUAUCCAUACAGCUUCAGAGCAAAGGAUGAAAAUAGUUUAAAAUCCAAACUUAAAGAGAUGCAAAAGUUCUUUGGUCUCCCCACAACGGGAAUUUUAAGCUCCCGUGUCAAAGAAAUAAUGCAGAAGCCUAGAUGUGGAGUGCCAGAUGUUUUAAAUUUCUCAAUAUCCCCAAGUAAAGCAAAGUGGACUUCUGAUAUCAUCACUUACAGGAUUGCUUCAUACACUGUAGAUCUACCAGAGUCCACAGUGGAUGAACUUGUGGAAAAGGCUUUAGACAUAUGGAGCGAGAAGAUACCGAUAGAAUUCCAGAGAGUUUUUUUUGAAGAUGCUGAUAUUGUAAUUCGCUUCACCAGAGGAGUUCAUGGGGACGCGUACCCUUUCGAUGGGCCUGGAAAUACACUAGCUCAUGCUUUUUUCCCUGGGGAAGGUCUAGGAGGAGAUGUUCACUUUGAUGCCGAUGAAUACUGGACUAAUGACAGCUCUACUGGAACUAAUUUCCUGUUUGUUGCCACCCAUGAACUUGGCCAUUCUUUGGGACUGAGCCAUUCAUCUGAUCCUAACGCUGUGAUGUAUCCAACGUACAAAGAAGGAGAUAUGAAGGAUUUCGGACUUUCAAAGGAUGAUAUCGAAAGCAUUCAGAAAUUAUACGGAAAAAGACCUGAAUUAAAAUAUCCAUGA